CCGAACGCGGUGCCCUGAGAGUGCCGGGCGGCGGGGGCUCUACAGGGUGGCCCCCCCGGUCCCCUUCUUCCUGUGCUACAAAGAGGCGCUGUCGCUUUAAGAGCGGAGAGUGGCGGCCCCUUUAAGGCAGGGUGGAAAUCAGCUGCCCGUGCACGGCGGCGGGGCUGCGUGACACGGCGAGGCGGGGCGGGAGGGUGCCCGCGUAGCCCCGGCAGCCCCGGCAGCCCCGGCCCCAGCAGGACUUCGUCCUCGCCUUUCGUCGGGUUGCCGCCGUCCCCUGGAUUUGGGUUCCUUCCGCGGUGCUCCGUGCCACGCUCAGCCCCGCUUUUCUCCUCCCGCGGGAGCAGAGCGGGGACUUGGCGGCUCGAUGCAGCGCCGGGGCUGGUAACCAAGCCGCAGCCCGUGGCCUCUUUUAAUUCCUAUUUCUGUUUGUGUUUUUAGCUCUAUUUUUAACCCUAUUCCUGUUUUGCAUUUCCAUUUUCCUCUCCCGUUUUCAUUCCUAUUUCUAUCCCCGUUUUCUCUUUCCGUUCGUAUUUCUACUCCUGCUCCUGUCCCCGUCUCUCCCCCCGGCCAUGGCUCCCGCCCCUCGCGAGCAAUAGCCCCCAGCAUCCGACCCCCGAAGCCUGAGCUGUCUCCGAGCCGUGGGACGCGAUGGGGCCGCUGUGGGCGCUGCGCGUGGCCGGGGCGCUGAGCGUGGCCGGGGCGCUGGCGGGGCACGGCGGGUCCCAGCGCUCGGGGCCGCCGGCGGCUCUGGACGCGGGGACCCGGGGUGACGGCGCGGGACACGACCGGGGCGUGGACUGCCGGGAGGUGCGGAAGCGCAACAGCUCCGAGCGGUGCCGCUUCGUGCGCGGCACCCCGGACUGCCGCCUGGACGACGGUUUCCUCGACUACCUCGGCGGAGCGUUCUGCGCCUUCCCCGCCGCGCUGCUCCCGCUGCCCGUCGGCCUCUACGUGCUUUGGCUCCUCUACCUCUUCGUCAUACUCGGCGUGACGGCAGAGAAGUUCUUCUGCCCCAACCUGUCGGCCAUCUCCACCACCCUGAAGUUGUCCCACAACGUGGCAGGUGUCACCUUCCUGGCCUUUGGCAAUGGGGCCCCGGAUGUCUUCAGUGCUGUGGUGGCAUUCUCCGACCCGCGCACGGCUGGGCUAGCGGUUGGGGCCGUCUUUGGCGCCGGCAUCUUCGUGACCACGGUGGUGGCUGGUGGCAUCGCCCUGGUGAAGCCCUUUGCAGCAGCCUCCAGGCCCUUCCUCCGGGAUGUCAUCUUCUACAUGGUGGCCAUCUUCCUCACCUUCCUGAUCCUCUACUUUGGCCACAUCACACUGGGGGAGGCUCUAGGGUACCUGGGGCUCUACAUCUUCUAUGUCUUCACUGUGGUGCUGUGCACCUGGAUUCAUCGCUGGCAGCGCGGGGAUGGACCAUCCCAACCCGGGCCGUGGGAGCCAGCAAUACCAACAGAUGCUGAGGAGCAGGAGUCCUCGGGCACCAACUGCGGAGACUAUGGUGAGGAGUAUCGACCCCUGCUACCCCACCAUGAUUCCUCGCUGCACAUACUUGGCACUGCACUCAAUCCCCUGGACAAGCAAAAGUGGAGGAGGAAGCCCUGGUACUGGCGGCUCUUCAAAGUGCUCAAGGUCCCUGUGGAGCUGGUACUGCUGCUCACUGUGCCUGUGGUGGACCCCGACAAGGACGACUUGAACUGGAAGAGACCCCUCAACUGCCUGCACAUCAUCACUGGGCCUCUGCUCUGCAUCCUCACCCUCAAUUCGGGGGCCUAUGGGCUGUACCAGAUCCAGGGCGUCUUCCCGGUCUGGGCGCUCGUUGCACUGGCUGGAUCCAUCCUGGCCAUCAUCAUCUUUGUGACCACACGCAAUGAAGAGCCACCCAAAUACCACUGUGUAUUCGCCUUCCUUGGGUUCCUGGUCAGCGCUAUGUGGAUCAAUGCAGCAGCCACAGAGCUGGUGAACAUCCUGCGGACCCUGGGCAUCAUCUUUGACCUGAGUAACACUGUGCUAGGCCUGACCCUGCUGGCCUGGGGCAACAGCAUUGGAGACACCUUCUCUGACCUCACCAUGGCACGGCAGGGCUACCCCCGCAUGGCCUUCUCUGCCUGCUUUGGAGGCAUCAUCUUCAGCACAGUGCUUCCAGCUGGGCAGGGCAUACGGCACCUGCCUCAUCCUCUACUACUUGGCCUUUCUCUGUGUGGCCCUGCUCACCGAAUUCCAGGUGAUCCACCUGGUUCCCACCUGAGCACUGCAGGUCCACGUCCCUGCCCUGCUGCAGCCUGCUGGGCCACACAUUUGCUCUCCGGAGAGAAAGCUGGUUGUGUUUUGGGAAAGAAAGAGCAUUUGUUAAGCACUAGCCAUCUCCUCGCUCCGCUCUGUUGAACUUCGUUUAACUUGGGGCGUUUCUGAACAAGGAUGAGGGUAAAGGCUUGGUUGGCUGCUGCCUCAGGGCAUAGGGCUGGAGCAGCUGCAGGGGAGCAUGCGCUAAGACACCCCUUCACCUCUCCAUCUGGGAUCCUCUGGGGCUGGCAGCCAUGCGCUAUGGGGAAACUGGAAAGUAAAGGCUUGAGUGCAAAUUUGGGAAUGCCUGUCAUUGCAAGGGGCAGCAAGCCACCAGCGGGUGAAUUGAAAGAGCAAGCGGAGUUGUUAAGGUGCGGCAAAGCACCAGAGCAGUUCUCAGGCUUAAUGCACACAAAGUGUUAAUAAGCCCAUGGAAGCCUCCUUUCUCCUGCUGCUUGCUUUUUUUUUUUUUUUUUUUUUUUUUUUUUUUUUAAAAGCAAUAUUUUUCAACCUGAAUCUCAGAGGGUGCACAGAGCUGUAGCAAAGGACUUGAUAUGCAGAGGCUCCCAUGUGCCCGAUCGCCUCUGGCAAAACUAGGCUAAGACACUGUAAGAAUGGACAACUUGCAAUUAAAAACUACACAGCUUC